CCAACAUUACUUUGUUGAACUUUGACCCGUAUGAAGUUAAAAAUAAAGUUAAAAAAAACAACUACUAGAAGUUAGGAAACCAACAACAUGAAAUUAGAAAUAUAAAGCGAAACCAAACAAAACCAAAACAAUAAAGAACAGGAAAUAAUACUUUGACAACCUUCAAAAGAAGUUGAUGAAACUGUAUUUUUUAAAGAAAAACUUAAAUAUUAAAAAAGCUUCUUUAAAAUUCUAAAUAAAAAAUCUUGAGCACUUUCCUUUAAUUCUUUAAUUUUUGUUCACAAGAGUAUAUUUCUCUUGUACAGAAGCGAACACAUUUGAUGAUUCACCAACAAGUCUGAGAACAAAGCCAAGACAUCACAGCGACUUUUAAGACCAAAAAUAUUUACUUCCCAUCCGAGCAGAGAAGAGGUCAGAAAUGUUCAAGAGUUGUGGUGAGGAAUAGAAAACAAUGCUCAGUUUAGACAGCUGUGAACAGUCAACAUGAGCCGGCUGCAUCGGACCAUUUCCUGCUACCCACAUGGUCGUCUACGGGAGGACAGAGAUCUACGGCCAGAAGAAAUGGAAGAGCUGCGUGAGGCCUUCAAGGAGUUCGACAAAGACAAAGAUGGCUUCAUCACUUGUAAGGACCUGGGCGAGUGCAUGAGGACAAUGGGAUACAUGCCAACUGAGAUGGAGCUCAUAGAACUCAGCCAGCAGAUCUGUGGUGGCAGAGUCGACUUUGAGGACUUUGUGGAACUGAUGGGACCCAAAAUGCUGGCUGAGACUGCAGACAUGAUUGGGGUCAAAGAAUUAAGGGAUGCUUUUAGAGAGUUUGAUUCUGAUGGCGAUGGUCAGAUAAGCCUCGGGGAGCUGAGGGAAGCAAUGCGGAAGCUUAUGGGACAGCAGCUCAAGCACUGUGAAAUCGACGAGAUCCUCCGAGACGUGGACCUCAACGGGGAUGGAGAGGUGGACUUUGAGGAGUUUGUGCGAAUGAUGUCCCGCUAACUCUCCUGCAAACCAGAUGAACGGACUCUACUGAGGAGCACAGCGUGCAUCAUUUACAUUUUCUCCUUAAUUCUGUUGUACAAAAACCUCUGUCUUCACUCACUUCUCAAAACCCCUUUAUUAUCCUGUUGUAUCCGUUUAAAUUGUGUGCAAUAACAGACUAUGUAAUGACUGCAGCUCUGUGGUCUCUAAAAAAUCUGAAAACUGUAAAUAUGUUAAAGAAGAAUAUUUCAAACCUGGAUCUUGUGAAAUGUGUACUGUUGGAUGUCUUUUAUUCAUUUUAGAAUGUAUGUAAACCACAAUAAAAAGAUGCAGCUAAUUACAAAGAAAUCUGUUUACAUAAAUUAAAAAAAUACAUAUUUUCAGAUUAUAUAGCUUUUGACAAAUUAAAAAGAGAAAUAUAUUUGUAGGUUGUAUUUUUUUAUGUACUUUGCUGUAGAAACUUCUACCUGCAUUUAUGCAAUAUCUCCAUAUUUGCACAUUUAAAUCUUAAUAAUUAAACUAUAUUUCUUUGAAAUAUAUUUUAAGUAUAUUUCACAGCGGUGAUGAGUGUCACUGUCUGCACUGUCUCAGAUGUAUUACCCUCUGUCCCUUUUCUGUGUUACUGUUGAAAACGUCCCGAAUUAAUGUUGUAUUUGUACAAAACGCCAUGAAAAAUGAUGUAAAUAGGAAAAUAAAGUAAGACUGACAAUAAAAUGGUUUUUAUUGAUCUCA